AUGUAUGUGAAAUGGUUAUAUACAGGAAUGUUAUACUAUGUGAUUUUAGUGAAUGUCACUUUUUGUCAUUUUCAAAUUUCCUGCCGUUCCAUCCCCUGUACAUCCCGACGCUCGCAGGGGACGGAACCCAGAUGACAGAUGCCGGCAUCCGCCGGAUUACAUUGCCGGGGACACUGCAGGAGGGACAUCGUGGGAGCGCAGGACAAGGUAAGUGCAAGAGGGAUCCCGGAGCAGGGUAUUCCCGAGUGUAGCUCAGGGUUACCGCUUGUGCUACACUCGGGAAUACCGCCAGGGAGGUUAAG